ACAUAAAUUAAUGCUCCAUUUUUGAGAUUAGAAUUGAAAAAAACCUUGUCAUGUUUGAGACUACAGCAUAAUGGCGCGUAAUGAGAGAGGGGGGGAUGAAGUGAAAUUGAAAGCAGCGAAGUGAAAUUGAAAUGUAAUUCAAAUUGUAAUAGCGGAAACUUGUAAAAGCAAUUGCAAUUUAACUCCACAUUUUCUCCCAGUAUUGUAAUGGAUUACAUUGGCAAACUUGUAAUCAAAAUGGCAUAAUCUUGUUACAUGUAGUAUUCCCCAACACUCUACUGCACUGUGUAUGCGUGAAGGUGAGAUUCGAGGUAAAUCAACAAUACCAACACGGACUGUUGAAACCAUUGUUUUGUUCGUCACGCUACGGCUACUUAGAAUGAUGACACCCCGAAGACAAUCUUGAAAAACGGGUCUAUGUUAUUUUUGGCAGCUCCCACUAGCAGACUCACGUUCCCUCACAGUAAUGGACACUGCCGGUAAGACGUUAACCGCCUUUUUUAGCCUAGCUUUUGUUUCCUGAAGCUGUACAGGAAACGCCAGGAAUGUUGACGAUAGGAGUCUAGAACUGGUUGAUCCACAGUGCACGGACCCAAUACAUCAUUAUAAAGUUUUGUUUCCAAGCGCACGCAUACACAACUCCCGAUUGCCAGAGGGCGACGACAUGAAGCUGACAUCUUUGCUGCUGUUCCCGUUGUUGCUGCUGCUGCCGGCGUUCCAGUGCAAUGGCCGUACCGUGUCCAGAUGUGAGCUGCGAGACAAGCUUAGGGAGAGAAUCAUGCUGUCGGAACGCACAGAAAACCUCACGGACGUCGCGUUGACUUUGAUCGUGUGCCACCUGGAAAAGCUCUCCCAACUGAACACUGGCACGGUGCACAUCAUAGGCCAUCGCAUCACCACCACCACCACUCCCCCUACCACCACCACCACGACAACCACCACAAUCCCCACUACCACAGUAGCCGCCAACCAAACCAACGUAAGCAACCAAACAGUCAACUCUAAUACCACUGUGCCACCUGCCUUCGCCAACAGCACCACUGUCAACACCACCUCCGGCUCCACGACAUCAGCCAAUCAAACCAACAUAAGCAACCAAACAGUCAACUCUGGCUUAACCAAUUCCACCUCGGUCCUCAAUCAAACACUCAGUGGCGUCAAUAACACAAGCAGUGAUGGUGGCCAAGACCAGGACCAGGAAGAAGAACCUUUAGAUGAGGAUGAAGACCAGGAAGAAGAACCUUUAGAUGAGGAUGAAGACCAGGAAGAAGAACCGUUACUUGAAGAUGAAGAACCAUUCGAUGAGGUGAUUGGAAAUAUUUACAACGAAGAGGACUCAUACCUUUAUGGGGACGAGGAAAGCACUGUCGACUUCCACAUGGAGGACUGGAGGAGGCUGAUGGAGCUUCUGAAUGAGGAAGAGAAUGCCUUCGAUGAAGAACAGCUGAGGAUUGCCGACGACAAGCUCAGCGCCGACGGUUUCGGCGGCGGCAGCGAGAUGUUUCAAGUGAAUUGGUCACUUGGAUACCAUGGCAUCUUCCAGCUCUCGGACAGCUACUUCUGCCAGUCAUCUGCCCGAUUUAGCCAGAAUGUCUGUAACAGCACCUGCAGCGCUUUCACCGAUGAUGACUUCACCAACGACUUGGAUUGCUUCGUCGACAGUCUUUACUGGCUGUACGUGCUGAGGACGGUGGGAUAUCAGUGCUACGAAACCACCAACUUCUUCGGACAGUGCGACUGAGCUGCUCACGCUGUUGCCUUUCAUGAUAAUUACAAUGUGCACCCGAUACAACUGUUUCCUUUCCAAAGAUAAAAAUGUUUUUUACUUUUGAGUGACACUCUUGGAGAGGCCUCCAACUCACGUCAGGUAACAUUCAAAUUAUUGCUGGGAAUUUCUCUGUGACGGCAUAAUUCAAGAGUGAGCAAUAUCUUCGUAAAAGUACAACUUGUGGUGGUAGUGGUGUGUGUGUGUGUACUUUUAUCCAAUUUUGAUUGGAUGACGCGUGUGACAUCAUUAAUGACAGCGCCAUGACAAAGCAACUUUUGUAAACCUGUUGAAUUAAUCAGAAUAAAUCAAUAAAGGCAAACAGA